UAAAGUAAACAAACAAUCAUGAACAAUCAAACGUAUAAAUCGGACAUAGCCGAGGUUAUUCGGUGUACGGACUUUGCGGCAAUUAAACACAAGAAUCAGAGAAGAAAGGACCAGGACAGAACACCUUAUAUUAAUCACCCAAUCGGUGUGGCCAACAUUUUGACACAUGAGGCAGGGGUGACAGAUCUUCAGGUGAUCCAGGCGGCGCUUCUACAUGAUACCGUGGAGGACACACAGACAACAUUCGAGGAAAUAGAUCAACACUUUGGUCCCGAGGUUUGUGGCAUUGUAAAAGAGGUCACAGAUGAAAAGGGGUUGACCAAAAUGGCACGCAAAGAAGCUCAAAUUAAGCAUGCACCGGGCGCUAGUCCUAAGGCAAAACUGGUCAAACUUGCUGACAAACUGUACAACUUGCGAGAUCUAAACAGGCAGACUCCAGUAGGCUGGAGUGAAGAGCGUGUCCAGGAAUAUUUUGUGUGGGCAGCAAAGGUUGUUGAAGGGUUACGAGGAACAAAUGCAAGAAUGGAACAUGAUCUAGAUGAACUAUUCAGAGCUAGAAAUAUUCAACAAUAGAUGUAUGACUGUGAUCUUCUACUGUGAUAAACAUUUUACUGUAGCUAGAUUUUGAUUUUUAAGAGAAUCUGGCCCGAAUUUCUCGUAAUUCAUAUAUCUAACAGGCUUAAGCAUCUUAUUUCACAUAACUUAAUUGCUUACUUAAACUUGAUUUCACGAAUAUAAAAAAGUCUUUCAUGAUUAUCAUGAAGAUAAUUUCCUUGAAAAGUUUUUCAAUACAAAUAUAACACAAACUUUUCCCAAACAAAGAUAGUAGGCUUAGCUUGAUCUGUUAUAAGGGACUUUAAUUAUUUCAAGAAAUUGGAGCCAGGCUUUCCAGCAUUAUUAUCUUUACUUUUUUCUAAAAGAACUAUCAUGUACAUGGUACAAAUACCAUACCUCUUGUGUCAGUAUAUAACAAUUGAGUAUAACUUGGAUUCCAGUGAUGUAAAAGAACAGUAAAUAUAUGUAAAGAAACUCAAAAUUUAGAUUUUAACUGAUUGUAAUAAUACUCAUUUUCUGUAAUUUGCGUUGUAUUAAACGUACGAUUGUAUUACAUGUAUUUAUAUAAUCAAGUUUUUACAAUGUUGUGGCUUUAUGUGGUAUUAACUGUCAGUUGGUUUAGAUUGGUCCCAGGUAUUAAGUUGUUUCAAUGGUGUGUGUGUGUUAAGAACUUUGUUUACAUUUGAUGAUAAUUUGUAUUAAACAAUGUCUUUCUGUUACAUUAAACUAACACAUUCAUCAAGAAGUAUUUACUAUUUAGUGUUGAAAGCAUUGAAACGGGUUUAUGUUACACUGGUUGUAACUGUACAUGCACAUGUAUAACUAUUACUGUUUUUAUUAAUUAUAUGCCUUUUACUGGACUUAGUAUAGUUUUAUCUGCAGAGUAAGUGAGGAUUGGCGGGUGUUUAGUGUCCAUAAUGUUGGAACAUAGAAUGUGUAUUGGCAUAAUAACUUGAACAAAUGGAUAGCUGCCAUAUUGCUCUAGUUUGAGAGUUAUCAUCCUUUUAUUAUAAAAAUUACCUAAAAUUGGUCUUGUCCACUCAAUAACUUAAGAAGCCUUUGUCCAACAACCACCCUAUUGAUCAGAAUGUGUUUUGGCGUAAUAUCUUGGACAAGUUUGAUAACCACCUGUAUUGCUUAAGUCACUCGAGAGUUAUGACCCUUAAAUAACUAAAAUUACUUAAAUGGGUCUUGUCCACUCAAGAACUUUAAAAGCCUUUUUCCAAUCACCACCAAAUUUUGUCUGAAUGUGUAUUGGAAUAAUAUCUUGGACAAGUUUGAUAAUCAGUCAUUUCAUUUUAGUCUGUCGAGAGUUAUCUCAAGUUUAAUUAUAGAAAUUUUCAAAUCUGUCUUGUCCAAUCAAUCUCUGUAGAAAUCUGUCCAGUCAUUACCAAAAUUGGUCUGAAUGUGUAUGGGCAUUAUAUCUCGGACAAGCUUGAUAACCAGCCAUAUCAUUCUAUACACUCGAGAGUAAUCACCCUUAAUGAAAUUACCUUAAAUCAGGCUUGUUUGAUCAAUAACUUUAGAAGCCGUUUUCCCAUCAUUACCAAAUUUGGUCAGUAUGUGUAUGGGCAGAAUAUCUAGGUCAGGUUCAAUAACAAGCCAUGUUGCCUUGGUCACUCCAGAAUUAUGACCAUUGAAAUGGUAAAAACUGUCUUUGAAAUGGUAAAAACUGUCUUUACAGAGUCUGCUCUCUUUUGGCUUAAUGUUCUUCCACUUACCACCAUUGGUGUCCUAAAAAUAGGUUGGGAGUUUUGUGGAAGGUGGUGCUCUUGUUUUUAUUAUUAUAUAUAAUUAUUAUUAUUGUAACCAUUUAUGAUUGAUUUUAAGUAGAACUACAAGGGUUUAUUAGCUAGCUGCAUUCUCUUCCAACAUUACCAUGCUUGAUGAACAUGCCUAUGCUUAUUUGAAAGCGUACUCUAUUUCCAGUGAGAUAUUGUGUUAUAAUGCGCCAGUUUAAUAAAAUAGUAUUAUGGGUUCACCUAUGGCAGGUGCAUGGGUGAGAAGUUUGUAACCAUUACCAAACUAUGAAAUUUUAUUUAUGAUCAGAAUAUCGUAUUUGGUGCUAAAAACCCACAAUAUUGAUCAUUUGGGUGUAAUGUUUCAAAUAUGUCAGUAAAUAAGCAUGGAGCAUUUUUUUAUCUGUCCAAAUUGUAAGAAAAGAAACCAAGAAAUUAUUUAUCCAAUAUUUGAAGAAAUGAUCUUUUACUGGUUUUCGUAUAUGUAAAUUACGUGACGGUCUAUCAAUAUUCAUUUUUCAAACUUCUGUUUACUUGGAUUUUUCAUGUUGCCAACGAUAUUUUGUUUGUGUUGUCAAUGUCACUGCAAUAUUUUUAAGUUUCGAAUUUUAUGUCUGAUUUCCAAUCUCUUAUUGUUAGUAGUAGCGUUAUUAUUGUAAUCUACCAAAACCGCUUAUCAUGCAUAUGUCUGAGAUGUUUUAAAGGGUAUAACUAUUGAGCUCUACUGUAGUUUUAAAUACUUCAUUUUGAUGGCAUCUGCAAUUUGUUAUACUGUAAUACAAGCUAAUAUGUGUUAGUAGUUUUUUCAUAUAUCACAGUCAUCUGGCUUGUGUGUGUGUUUGUGUGUUUGAUACGAUUUCAUUUAUUAAUUGUACUUUUUAUGAUCCAGUUGGAAUGAUAUUCAAAUCUUUCUAUAUUUCAACAAGUUACUUACCGAGUAACUUACUUUGAGUUUAUUUAAUAUAAAGGAUAUAAAAAUAUAAUAAAUAUAUAUAUAUAAGGUAUUCAUAAUUAAAAAUAAAUAGUAGACAAUCGGGUCCCUUAGUAUGUAAAAUACAUGUUUAUUAUUUUUUUGGUGGUUGCCAUUAAAAGAUAUGCUGUUAAACCAAAUAAAGGUUAUUGUUGU